CCAAGUGUUGAACCGUCCUCGACUCUGAACCCCAGAUCUUGUGUGACUUGCAGGAGAAGGAAGGUCCGCUGUGACAAGCGCAUGCCGUGUGGCAACUGCCGCAAAGCGCGUAUAUCCUGUAUCUUCCCCGCCCCCGGUAGAGCCCCGCGCCGGCCACGACCGAGAGAUCCGAAUGCACCGCCGAAGCAGACGAGCGAGCGAGAGAUUGAAUUGAUCAAGCGUCUAAGGAAGCUCGAGGGAAUAGUAGAGGAGUUGAGUGGGCAGAUUGAGAUUGAAGCGCGACACCCAUCCAGCGCUGGAGAGUCGCCUGAAGAUUCAACGCACGAUGGAGACCGAAGACGGCAGGAAUCUGGAAUUUCACCUCGUCAUAUUACGCCAGCGGCGCCUCAUGCAAUGCCCUUGGCUCCCGGUCGAUUGAUGACCACGGGUAAUUCGAGUUGGGGUGCGUUACAGAGCCCUACGCUCGGUGUGAAUAAGGAUUUCGGUAGACUGGUCUUAAAUGACAAAGGCAAAACUCGCUAUGUCAGCAAUGCGUUCUGGUCGAAGAUGAAUGACGAGCUUACAGCUUUGAGGGCUGAGACUCAGAAGCUCACUGACGAGGAAAGCCAUGGUUCUGACGACGACGGAAGCUCUGCUGAGACAACUCGUUCCGACAGAGAACUGUUGACCGAUCACCAUGCAUUUGUGUUAGGCUACAGAUCGGCAGACGUUGACCUGCGGAAAUUACAUCCGCUUCCAUCUCAAAUACCUUUCAUCUGGCAAGUCUACGUCGAGAAUGUAGACCCAGUGGUCAAGAUACUACAUAUCCCAACGAUGAAUCCCAUUAUACGGAAGAUCAGGAGCGACAUGGACAGUUUAUCACCAGGAAUGGAGGCUUUGAUGUUCUCCAUCUAUUAUGCGGCCAUCACCUCGCUAGAAGACGAUGAGGUCAAGACAAAUUUUGGUGCCGAAAAAUCACACCUGAUCAAACAGUUCAGAUACGGCACCGAGCAGGCACUCGCGAAAGCCAAUUUUCUGAACACUUCAGAUUUGAUUGUCAUCCAGGCGUUCGCACUUUUCUUGGUACUAGUUCGCCGCUAUGAUGAUACUCGGUUUUCGUGGACACUCACGGGCCUGUUGAUUCGCAUCAGCCAGUCUAUCGGCACACAUCGCGAGGGCACUCAUUUCGCCAAUUUGACUCCCUUUGAAAUUGAAAUGCGACGUCGUCUAUGGUGGGCAAUCUGUAUUCUGGAUCUUCGCUCUGCGGAAGACCAAGGCACGGAGUUGACGAUUGCGGAGCAUACCUUUGAUACCCAAUUUCCCAUGAACGUCAACGACACCGAUAUCUCGCCGAAUAUGAAGGAGUUCCCCAAAGAGCGGCACGGAGCUACCGACAUGACAUUUUCGCUUAUACGCUAUGAGAUUUGCAGCCUCGCGAGAAGACUACAUGCGGCUAGCAAUAUAAUGGCGCCCUGCCCGAGAGAUACUCAACUCACUUUGGAAGAGCGCGAAAACAUGCUUCUCGAAAUGUACACACGGGUUGAGGACAGAUACUUGAAACCAUGCACAGACCAAGAUGGCGACCUGCUUCAUUGGGUUGCCGCUGCUAUUGCUCGAUUGAUCAUGGCAAAGAUGAGCCUAAUCAUCUACCAGCCAAUUCUCUUCCCUGCCCACGGCCAAGAAAUCUCCCAGGAACUUCGCGACCGUAUUUUCCAGUCUUCGACAGAGGUGGUUGAGUACAAUCGACUGCUCAACACGGAACCGAAAUGCAAGCAGUAUCGUUGGCUGUUCCAGACCUAUACCCAAUGGCAUGCAGUGGCUUAUCUGCUCCUCGAGAUAUGUCGACGUCCUUGGUCAAGCUCCGUUGAGAGAGCCUGGCUCGCAUUAAGCAGUUCCUUCAGCGACACGGAUCCCAAAGAGUUUCAGAAAUUGGCGCAGCACAAGGGUGUCUGGUUGCCACUGAAGCGGCUGUUGCUCAAAGCUGGACACCAUCGAGAGGAAGAGCUCAGCCGCCUUCAGGGGGAUCAGCAAGCAGCCAAACAGCUCGAGGCAGACUCCUAUAAGACUCCACCUGCUAGUUUCCAACGUCUACCCAGCUCAGUACGUGAGACAAUUGCUCAAGAUCGUUGGCGUAAGCUGGUGGGACUGCCAGUUCCUGAAAAGAAUAUAUUGUUUGCCAUGCAUGGUGGCUGUUUUGAAAAUGAGGAGGCCAUGCCGCAGAAGGCACCAGUGCCUCGAGCAGAAGCCCAGACUGACGCUCAAGCACAGUACAAUCUUCAGCCCAAUCCGUCACAGACCGAUCUUGACUAUAUCACUGGGGUGAUGACCCAGCCGGAAUUUAAUCCUGCAGAUUUCUGGUCUCAACAUAUGAUGCCGCAAUUGUCGAGUAACAGCAGUCCUAUCACGAGCAAGGGUGGCAUUGCAUUCCCUCGCGAAAACACAGCUACUCCCACAAGCACUGUUGCUAUUCCAACACCAAUCGGCACAUCGAUGCAACAACCGGCCGUGCCGUCUCAACCUACAGGCAUCCUUGACGACAACCCACCACCGUGGCUUUGGCCCAAUGCUUGGAAAUGGAAUGACGUUGAUGCUACUCCUAAUAUGCCGGCGAAUACCGCGAACACGGAAGAUGUUGAUGUCAACAUGGAAGAAGACUUCAACUGGCAAGAUUGGCAACAGAGCAUGCGCGGAUUUGAGCUAGAU